AUGGGAAGGUUGAGAUUUAUCCCCAAAAUGUUAGCUUUAAGGGCAGUGCAAAGACACACUGCAGCCUCAAGAUCAACAAGGCCAUUUAGAAGAGAGCAACAUGGUGUUACUGGUGGCUGGCCCAAAGUUAUAUUCAACAAACCAUUUAGGACAUUGCCACAUACGCCGAGUUUGAGUGCAUCGCGUGGACAUGAGCCGGUGCUACUCCCUCCAGAAGGAGUAGAACCACCCGAAGGGCCGGAAGGACCUGAGGGAUAUGAGCCUCCUGAAGGACUAGAGCCUCCGGGACUCGAGCCACCUGAGUGGUUUGGACUUGGCGUAUGCUUUGGCUUAGGGUUAGGGUUUGGGUACUGGCCGGAGCCGCAAGUUCCACAAGAUGAAACUAGUGUAAAGAAGAGAAUGUUGAUUGUGAGGAAAAUUGCAAGGGAGGAACAAGUUUUGGAAGCCAUUUUAGUUAAACUCUUGUAG